ACGAUGGAGGGAGUAAUAGAUGGAGGAAGUAAAUGACCGCUUAAAAUAAAAAUGGGUUCUAAACAGUAAACAUCUGUCACAUGAUUCUCCGACGAGAAUAACAUCCAAUGGCCAAAAAGCAACCAAAACCCGACUCAACUCGCCGUCGAAACCGAGUCGAACCAUCAACUCAACGAGUUCAACCAACAAACUCACCUUCCAAAAACCUCCAUAGCAGCAACAACAAAUUCUUCGGCAUCUUCUUCGUCGUCGUCUUCAUCGUAUUUCCCGCCAUAUCCAUACUCAUCUUCCUCCAUUUAAAAAACUCUCAUCCUCCUACUUCAUUUGUUCAUCAGCGAGGUCUCGUCAAAUCGGAUGUUAAUUUCCAGGAAAUUCUUACUGAAAAUUCUAGGGUUUCCGAUAAUGUUAGUCAUCGGCAUUUCAGCAAUCCUGUUUUGGCUUACAUUACUCCUUGGAAUGCAGCAGGCUAUGAUUUAGCUAAAAGGUUCUUACCCAAGUUUACACAUGUAUCACCUGUAUGGUAUGAUCUUAAGAGUCAAGGGACCAAAUUAGUUCUGGAGGGAAGACACAACGCUGAUGUGGGAUGGAUGUCUGAGCUGAGAUUACGAGGAAACGCUCAGGUUCUACCAAGGGUGGUCCUUGAAGCAGUGCCAAGAGACCUGCUCAGAAACAAGAAACUGAGAGACAAAGCUAUUGAUCUUGUUAUAACAGAGUGCAAGGAUAUGGGCUAUGACGGUGUUGUCCUAGAAUCUUGGUCUAGAUGGGCUUCUUAUGGUGUCCUCCAUGAUGUUUACAUGAGGAAAAUGGCACUACAAUUUAUUAAGCAACUUGGCGACGCUCUGCAUAAUGUCAAUUCACGUAGGGAUAGUCAACCUCUGCAGCUAGUGUUUGUCAUAGGUCCUCCAUAUUCAGAGAAGCUUGAAGCUCAUGAUUUCGGACCAGAAGAUUUCCAGACCCUUGGGGAGUCUGUUGAUGGUUACUCACUAAUGACAUAUGACUACUCAAGUCCGUAUAGUCCUGGUCCUAAUGCACCACUGAAGUGGGUGCAUUCCACGAUUGAACUCCUCCUUGGUACAGAUAGAAAAAACCUCGCCAACAAGAUAUUUGUUGGAAUCAAUUUCUUUGGGAACGAUUUUGUAAUAGCUGAAGGUGGUGGUGCUCGAGCAAUUACUGGCAGGGGUUAUCUCUCUCUAGUGGACCAAUACAAACCCAUCAUAAGGUGGCAAACGGACUUUGCAGAGCAUUUCUUCUUGUACUCCGAUGAUCAACAUCACGAACAUGCAGUCUUCUAUCCUACUCUGAUGUCAAUAGCAGAGCGACUAGAGGAAGCACGUUCAUGGGGUGCUGGUAUCUCAAUCUGGGAAAUAGGCCAAGGACUAGAUUAUUUCUUUGAUCUUCUUUAGGUACAAACUCUAGUGACACUGCGCCAGUUAUUAGCUAGUCUUGAUCACCUUAGAGCAUUUGGAGUCAACUCGGUCUUCCUCCAUUGGCUGUUAAGUGGUUUUAGGAUGCACCUCAUUGGAAUUUGUAUAUGGUCUGUUCUUCGUCCUACACAGGCUCGCACCGAGCUUGCUGUUGCUGAAAAUCUUACAUUUGAUAGAAGGGAAAGGAAAAUCUUAUAGUGGUGGAAUUAAACUCACUACGAAGAACUAAAUUUUUGGUAUAAUUUGCCAAGAAUUACCUUUCAAAUAGUCACGUCUGUCACUUAUCCUUGUAUAAUUUCCUUUUUGAGGGCUACUAUUUCUUUUUUCUUCUGAUAUAUUUGCAUUUAUUUUGCUUUUAA